UGUCGCUUUCGAGAACGGGAAGUCGAACACAGCAGCCACGGACUCUCCGGCCCAAAAUGUGGAGACUCUGCAAUCACUUCGUCUGCAGAGUGAGAGGCUCUCCUUUAAUCGCCGGAAAUAUCCUGCAGAGAUCAUCACUCCUACCCUGUGCCCCGGCCAGGACUUACUCUAGUGUCUCCUCCGGAGUCUUCGGAUAUGGGUCCUUGUCGAGGCACUCUGUCCUUGGCCCAGAGCAGGGCAGAGUCCAGGGGCACUUGGGUAGCAGUGUGGCUUGUCCAUCACGCCUCAAGUCCAGCAAGUCAAACAAGAGAAGGAACAGAAGCCAAGACUUUUCAGAUGAUGAAGAGUCAGAUGAGGAAGGAGAGUUAGAAUCAGCAGCAGACUUCCGUGAUAUGAGAGUGAAUGUCUCAUCCUUGAGACUGGAUGCCAUCCUCAAGGCUGGGCUUAACAUUUCACGCAACAAAGUGGAGUCUGCUUUUUACAACAGCAAGAUUCGUGUAAAUGGUCAAAAAGUGGUGAAAAAGAGUAAGCAGCUUCAAGAGGAGGAUGAAGUUGAUAUCAUAAAAGCUGUGUCAAACAAGAACCCAGCCUUCUUAGAUGUUUCACGUGUUGUAGUAUUGAGCAUCGGCAGCUAUAAUGAGGAUACUGACAAGAUACAAGUCAGGCUUAGAAAAUAUCCACACCUACUUGUCGAGAAAUAUGAAGAUGAAUUUGAAAUGCCUUCAUAAUGCUAUCUCCUGUUCUUUGUAAAAAAUAAAAUGGAAGUCCAUUGGUAUAUUGUUCAUAUGCAACUGAAAUAUUUAUUAUCAUUCAUACAAUGUGUACAUAAUAAAAGUCCUUCAUUUUA